GAAGAAGAUGAAAAGCUUACUGCGUAUGUUCAACUACAUGGUGAAAGUGGAUGGCGUACUCUCCCGGAGAAAGCUGGAUUGAAGAGAUGUGGUAAGAGUUGUAGACUUAGAUGGGCUAAUUAUCUAGACCCCGACAUCAAGAGUGGAGACUUUACUUCUGAAGAAGAAGACACUAUUAUCAAGCUUCAUGCUCGUAUGGGUAACAAGUGGUCGGCAAUAGCAACUAGCUUGCCGGGACGAACUGACAACGCGAUUAAAAAUUAUUGGAACGCAUAUAUCAAGAAGCGUUUAAAACGAAAAGGUAUCGAUCCAAUCACUCAUAAACCGAUCAAUCCAACAGACCAAACCGGUUUCGAACCAAAAAAACAUAAACACGGUUCAACCGGUUCCGCAAGACUUCUUAACCACGUCGCAAGGAAAUACGCGAGAGAUUUAAACCGGGACAUGCUAACCGGAAUCAUCAUCGCCGAUAGUUCACAAAACUCGACUAAAAACUCGACCUCCACAUUGCUCAACAAAGCGGCGGCAAGAUCAAGUGCUCUCACAUCGUUUCUUACCAACAAUAUGUCCUCAUCUCCCGGUCUUUCCGACAAUCUUGACCUAUUCUUUAGCAACGAAGAGAUCUCUGGUAUGUAUCCGAAUGUUGAUAAUGUUGGUGGCAUUAUGGAAGAGUUAAAGGCUAUUUUAAGCCAUGCUGACGUCGGAGAUGUUAAAGACUUGCUGGAGUUUAAUGUAGGUGAUGAGAUGGAGGUUCUUGAUUCUUGGAAGUUGGAACGAAGAAGAUGAUUUGGACUUAUUGAAUUGGGUACGUUAGAGCACCAUUAUCGCCGUUGCUUACCUGGGGUUUUUAGUGUAAUUAUGAUUUAAAAUAAAUAAAAAAUAGCUGUUAUUAGAAGCAAUGUUGCUUAAUUAAGAACAGUAAGCAACAGUUGCUUAUGAACACGUGUUACAUCUUAAAGGUCUUUUAUCUUCUCCUCUUCUCUCCUUCUAGCCUCCAUCGAUUCUCCUCUUCCUUUUGACAGUAGAUCAUUUUCUGGUUGAGGUUUUGCAGAACCCUCACCACUCUAAUUCAUCUCACAAACCUUAAUCUGGGUAUAAUAUGUUGAUUUUUUUACGUUAAAAUCAGUUUUUGUAAUAUAACAAUCUUCUGAUUAUCAAGAUCACAAGUUUCUGAUAAUCAAAUUAUUAUGCUCUGUUUUUAUGAGAAGAAAACAGAGUAUCAAUAUAAA